AUGUCGGGCACACCAUCUUCAAGUCGGACCUACGCUCAGGCGCCAUUCAAUAAUCCCGCGGGCCGGGACAUCAUCCUGCAGUCAAGCGAUGGAACCCUUUUCCUCGUACGAAGCGCGAUCCUCGCCGAGGCCUCUCCCAUAUUUGCAGACAUGCUAGGGAUACCGCAGCCAAACGCCAACGAAUCCGAGGCCUCUGACUCGAUAGACGGGAAACCGGUCGUCCUGCUAACCGAGGACAGUCAGACGCUAGACCCCUUGCUCCGCCUAUGCUACCCAACGCGCGAUCCAGAACUCACAGAGCUCUCCGACAUACGCUGUGUACUCGGCGCAGCAAUCAAAUACGAGAUGGACGAAGCAGCCGAGCUCAUGAAGGACCUCCUCCGCUCCUUCAUCGCCACUGAGCCUCUCCGCACUUGGGCGACCGCUUGCCUCCUUCGACUCGAAGACGAAGCCAAGGCCGCCGCGACAUCAUUGUUGGGAAGGGAGAUUCCAGCGGAGGCCCCCGCAGAGUUCAAUGACGUCUCAGCCGGAGACUACUACCGCCUCGAGACCUUCCACCGCGCGAGAGGGAACGUUCCCGGCACGUUCACCUUCUGCGAACCCAACCCCACGGACGUCGAGCAAGGCACCGACAAACGCAAGGCGCGCCGGCUCUCUAAGGAGGACGGCGAGCUUGCGUUCCAGGCGCGCCCGUACGCCGACAUCAUCUGCCGCUCCACGGACGGAUACGAGUUCCCCGCGCACCGCAUCAUCCUCACCAUGGCCUCCCACGUCCUCGCCGACUUCGUUGCCGCCGCGUCCGCCGCCGCCACCGCCGCCGCACCAGACCCAAAAACCGGGUUCCUCCCCACCCCGGUGCUAGAAAUGGACGCGGAAGGGAGCGCGCUCGGGCCGCUGCUCGAGCUCUGCUACGCGCGCGCACGCACCUCCGUCCCGCACCUCUCCCAGCUCACGCUCGGGCGCACGCUCGCGAUGGCCGCCGCCGCGCGCCGCUACGCGCUCGCCGGCGCGCUCGACCUGCUCCGCUUCCAGGCCUUCUGGCACGCGCAGGACGCGCGCCCGCUCGCGGCGUACCUCGGCGCCGCCCGCGCCGGCUUCGCGGACUGGGCCGCGGACGUGCUCUCGCGCCUCCGCGGGGACCUGUACGCGUACGGGUACGUGCCCGAGAUGGAGGACACCCCCGCCGCGGUCUACCACCGGCUCAUGGUCAACCGGCGCCGGGGCGCCGUCGCCGCGGAGCAGAUCACGGGCACGCCCGUCGCGGUCGCGCGCGUGGUGUCGAGCGCGUCGGGCGCGUCGAGUCGGCCGGCGUCGGUCAUGGGGAUUCCGCGGCCCGCGGCGGGGCCGCAGUACUACGAGGUCGGGGACUCGUGGCUGAUCGCGAUGUCGCGCCAGCUCGCGGAGAGGCUGGCGCAGUUCUCGAGCGGGCCCGACGGAGGGACUAUUUACAGCCUCGAUCCGAAGCUGAAGAGCAUCCUGGCGCAGUCGCUGGAGAGGAAUAUUUGGUGCCCAAAGUGCGACCCCAAUGCGCGAAUCAUGCUUGGGAUGCGCGAGAUGUUCGACAAGUUCGUCGCGGUGAUGUACCACCACAACGUAAGUGCUCGAUCGAGAUGA